AGUACUUUAGGUGCGCCUCAAACAUAUUUCCUGUAAAUUGGAGAGGUGAACUUUCAGCGACGGCAAAGCUCGUAAGCACACCGACAAAUGAGUUUUGAUCUCUCUUCAGCUAUGGGUGACAAAGAGGAGACGAUCACGAAGGAGGACGCACAGAAGGAUGAGUUCAGCUUACCUUGGAGCAAAAACAAAAAUAAAGAUAAAAAGGGUGACAAGUCCGACAGCAAGGACAAGUCUGAUCACAAGGAAAAGUCCAAAGACAAGUCUGAUCACAAGGAAAAGUCCAAAGACAAGUCUGAUCACAAGGACAAAGGUGGUGAAAAGAAGAAAAAGAAGGAAAAGAAACACAGCUCAUCUUCCAGCAGUGAUGAGGACUGAUCUCCCCUGUGGACCUGGCCUGCUCUGUUCGCCACUCCAUUCUUGUUUGUUAUAAUGAUGUAUGCGGUUUAUCUGUACCAACCUGUACACAAUGUAAAACAAAACGGAUCUGAAGAAGUAAACAGUUACAAGAAGUCCA